GAAAUGGAAACCAAGGAGAAGCCGAAGACGAGCCCCGAUUACCUGAUGCAGCUCAUGAACGACAAGAAGCUGAUGAGCAGCCUCACCAACUUCUGUGGGAUCUUCAACCACCUCGAGAGGCUGCUGGACGAAGAAAUUAGCAGAGUACGGAAAGACAUGUAUAAUGACACAUUAAAUGGUAGUACGGAGAAGAGAAGUGCAGAAUUACCAGAUGCUGUGGGACCUAUUGUACAGUUACAAGAGAAACUAUAUGUGCCUGUAAAAGAAUAUCCAGAU